UAGGUAUCAAUAUUCAAUCAGUAUCAAUCUGUGGUAUCAAUCAAUUGACAUUGUUUAUUAUAAAUAAUUAAAUACCUAACUUAAAUAUUUAAAUAAUAACAUUCAUAUCUACGCUUGAUGGUUACAUAUUUUGAGCUUCCUUUAAAACUUCGAGGUCAAAAAAGUUGAAUUGAAUUGAAAAAAUAUCAAUAUUAAUAAGUCAACCUUCAUUUUCUGGUUCCUGAAAAAUUUACAAUGAAUGAGAAUACAAAAAAACUAUUUUUUAAUAAAUCAACGCUAUUCAGUUUAAAAGCAGAACUAUUGAAAAAACAAGAGGAGGUACAAGAAAAGAAAAAUCUACCACAACAUCGCUUAGAGAAUUUUAAGCCUUCAGUAAAAACAUCUGAUAAAAACAGACAAGAAGGCCAAAAAGAAAAAAGAUCACUCAAAGAUAAUCUUGUAGCCAAGAACAUUGAUGAGUCAGAGGCCUUUCGGAAAUCCAAGGCUGCACUGGAAAAGAAAGCUCAGUUAUAUGAACAUCUAGCAGAUAGUGCUGGAAGCUCACAAUUGGCUGAUCGCUUCUUAGUUGAUUUCAAAGAGAAGAAACAACAAGAUGUUACAAAAAGGGAGAGUUGUGAUACAAAAAAUGAUCCAAUUGUAGAGUCAGAUACUGAAGUUUAUAGAGAAGAUGACGAUGGCGAUUGGGUAGAAUAUGUAGAUUGUUUAGGCAGGACAAGAAAAUGCCUCAAGUCUGAUUUAGAUCUGUACAAAAAAAGGGAUCAAGAGCUUAUAAAGUUAAUGCCUAGUAAUAAAGAUGAAGAAGAUACUGAACAAUCGGCUUCAUCAAAACCAGAAAAACCAUUUUUAGUGCAAAAAACAAAUGACUAUCUGCAAUCAUUAAGGGAGAAAUGGGAACAGAAAGAAAAGGAGCUAUUGGCAAAAGACAAUGACAUUCAUUACCAAGAUCUUUUGUUUGAUGAGGCAAGAAUGCACGGUGUUGGUUAUUAUUCGUUCAGCACGGAUGAAGCGGAGCGUAGGAAGCAAAUGGAGGAACUGAUCAAAAAGCGAGAUGAAACACUUAAAGCCCAAAAGCAAGCUGAAGAAAUGAGGAAGAAGCGUGAUGAAUUGGUAGCAGCUAGAGUAGCUGCAGCUCGGGCUAGACAGAGAAUGAGAGCAGGCUUGCCACCAGAGGACCCUGAAGAAAAGAAAAACGAAUUCACUAAAUGCCUUCUUGAAUUCUUGAACGAAAAGAAAAAUGAAGCCGAGAAUAAAGCAAAAGAGGAAGAGAAAAGAUUGCGAGAGGAACGCGAAAAAGAAAGGCAAAAGCAAAGAGAGGCAUAUAUACGCGAGUGGGACUUGGGUAAAGAAGGCGUUGAGGAUAAAGUGAAGAAAUUUAAAGAAAUGACACAGGAGGAAUAUGUGGAACAGCAAAGAGCGAAACGAAUCGAUGAAUUCGCACCUCCCGAAACAUCGAAUGUUUCUCUUAAAUCAAAAUAUACCUUUGACAACCAAGGGAAUAAACAAGAUUCAAAUAUACAGAAGACGUGGUCAGAUGUCAGACCUAAAACACCGCCUCCGCCUGAUAUUGGUGAUAUUAGUAACAUAGAACCAAAGGGUCUUUAUUUCACGACAAAGAAACAAGGAAAAACUGUUAAGUAUAAAAACUUUAUAAAAGCACAAGAAGUAGUUCCUAUACAAAACGAAUUAAGCGAUGAAGAGGAUGAAACGAAAAACAAGAGGCCCGAAAAAAGAAAACAUGAGGCAAAUCAUGCCGAAAUAGCACCACCACCAACUUACGAAUAUUAUGGGCCUGUUCCUAAAAACAUUAAAUCCAAAACCCCCUUUCAUUCUGAUAUAAGGGAAUCCUUUGCACAGGGUGCAAAAAGUUUAGAAGCAAAACCAAGUAGUAUACAUUUAUCAAAACAUUAUGAUUUCACAUUUGAUUAGAGUGUAUCUGUUUGUUAAUUUUGAAAUAAAACAACAUAUUAUAUUACAAA